AGAAGAGUUAUUUCAACAUACGAUCAUAUUAUAUAGCAGGUAAGGGUAAUUAUUUUUCAAAAUAAAAAUUUACGUACCUUGUAUACAAGAAACCACUUAGAAGAUAACGGUUCAGUUUCAGCAAGUAUUAUCACAUGGAAAAAGCGGAUCAAAAUAAUGGAAGAGGGAUUUCGUGCACGUUACAAGAAGGACAAUAAAAAUAGUCUUGUUAAUGAGUUAAAAAAAGUUAUCAAGGCGGAAAUCCCACAAACUUUCGCUAAUGUAGACGUCAAAGACAUUAAGCUAUGGAAGGUGGAAAUUCCUUUGAUCGAACCACUCGUGUCGACCACCACUUCAGCUUCGAACGAGAUAUUGGAAUUAAAGGAACAACGUGCCUCAUUACAGGCAUUACUCAACAUGUCCGAAACGAACGAAGGCUUCAAGUGGACCGUAAACAUCGAUGACGCAGUCCUCGAAGGCCUCAAAGAGUAUAUUCGUGAAAUGGAUAAACCACCAGCACUUGAAAAUGAUGGAGCGCUUCAAGUUUUUGAGACUCCUCAAAGCUCUUCAACGAAUGGAUCUUACCGAAAGUGUGUGAGCUCUAUGGACUUAUCUCAAUCAGUUGUUAAGCAUCUAAUGGCCGAAUCGGAACUUCGCCAAAAAACCACCCCACUUGAUUUUGCGUAUGAAGCAACGAAAUCCAUUUAUUCAUACUGUUAUCUGGCCAGCGGGGUAUCGUUCUACGAAAAAAAUUUCAAAAUUAUACCGGAAAAACUCAUCACAGGUCACAACGGGCAAGGAAAUCUCGAUUAUGCAAUAGAAUGUCGUUCGAUUAAUAGGAUCGUUGGUUUAGUCGAAGUUAAAAAGGAUGACUUUAAGCAGGGAUUCGCACAGAUGGAAUCAUCAUUAAACGCAAAAACCACCAUUGUAUGCAAAGAUGAGAAUUUACAGGCUAAGGUCCUCGGGUAUAUUGUAUGGUUAUUGGAGGAAGCACAGAAGCCGGUGGAAGCUUCACGAGGAAUCGAGAGUAAUAAAAAACAUAGGUCAUCGAGCAGUCUUGCGGAAAAAUCCGACAUUGUAGAUAGUUCUUAGCGUAGUAAAUCAUCAUAUAAUAUGGACAAAGUCUUGAUCAUGUAUUUUAUUUUUCGCAUGUAUUACGGUCAACGUCUAAUAUGUAUUUAUUUUUUUUAUCUCUGUAUUAAUAAAGUAAG